CCCCCACCAGUAUUUUUUUUUUUCUUCCUCUCUCUCUCCAAUUAUUUUAUCUUUGUCAAGACAUCAAGUCUCAAAAGAAAACCAGUCCGGUUUCCAGUUUGAGGUUAGCUUUAAGGUGUCAAGCAUAUCUGCUGUGUUUUUUUCCCUAUGAUGCCCCUUCCUUCCCCAACUGGAACAGCUUCUUGUGUACUGUUGUUGUCCCAUGAAGACAUAAUACCCCAUUUCCCUUUCUCUUUCCCCAGCUUAAUGCUACACUUACUCUAGUUCUCUGUGGGCUAGCUUUUCUAUUUAUAUGGAUCUUGGGGCUGUGGGCUUGGAUGGGUUGGUGGGUUCGGACACUGCUACUGGCUUUGGUAUCCCUCUUGCUUCAGAUCCUGAAGCCAAGCACAAGUGGUAUGGAUCUGGGUUCCUAAAGCAGGAGAGAUCUGGCGCCACUGAAGAUGACUGGAGGAGUUCCAAACUGGCCAAGACUCAUCAUCAUGAUCACGGUGCUGACAUUUCUGCUUCCAAACCAAUGCUCUUCCACCACAUGAACAACACCUCCCUACUCAGAUCUAAUGCUCCACAAAUGCUCAGCUUCUCUUCUCAAAAAUCGGAGCCUUUGGUACUGGACAAGGCAUCCCCAAAUGCCUCAUUCCCUUAUUCUCUCCACCAUUUAUCUAGUUACAACAGAAAUACAGGUUUCAAUUCCGGGAACAUGCAUGGGAUUUUAGCGGGAGCAAGAGGGCCUUUCACUCCAUCACAGUGGAUGGAGCUAGAACACCAAGCCCUGAUCUACAAGUACAUAACAGCCAAUGUCCCCGUUCCAUCUCAUCUCCUCAUCCCCAUCAAGAAAGCCCUCGAAUCUGCUGGCUUCUACAACUUCUCACCCUGUCUCCUCCGAACCAACAAUGCCAUGGGAUGGGGGGGUUUCCAUCUGGGGUUCUCGAACAGCACAGAUCCGGAGCCAGGAAGGUGCAGGAGAACAGAUGGGAAGAAAUGGCGGUGCUCGAGAGAUGCCGUUGUGGAUCAGAAGUACUGCGAGCGGCACAUGAACAGAGGACGCCAUCGUUCAAGAAAGCCUGUGGAAGGCCAAUCAGGCCAUGCCCUCACCGGGACCACCACCACCACCACUUCAAAGCUUGUCCCCACUAACAACCUCGUGGUGCCCGGAACCACUACUGCACCAUCCUUUGCGCAACACCAACCCAAGAAUAUGCACCCUCUUGCAUCUGAUACUUCUGCUGCGCCUCCCAACAUCAAUAGGAUGAUUAUGAAUAACAAGGAGAAUGGCAGUGAGAGAAUAAUCCCGGUCAGUGAUGCACUUGCUGACCUGAAACCGAAGGAAAACCCCUUUGUGGUUCAAAAACAACAGAUCCCAUAUGAAGAAUCCUCAAGGAGUGAGUUUGGGGUUGUUACUUCUGAUUCACUACUCAACCCUUCGCAGAAAAGUCCCACCUUGUUGAGUACAAGAAUCUUUGGGUCUUCACACAGCGCAAGUAAUAACCAAGAGAGUGAUUCACAACAUUCCCUUAGGCAAUUCAUGGAUGACUGGCCCAAAACCCAGUCUAAUCGGUCGUGGCAAGAGCUUGACAUGCAAUCAGAUAGAACAGAACUAUCGAUUUCAAUACCUAUGACAUCCUCAGAUUUCAUGUCAUCCACUUCCUCCCCCACCAACGACAAAGUAACACUCUCACCUCUAAGAUUAUCAAGGGAGUUAGACCCUAUUCAAAUGGGUCUUGGAGUUGGGAAUGCUAUGAACGAAUCAAACAGUGGUAGUAGGCAAGCUAAUUGGAUCCCAAUUUUAUGGGAGGGUUCAAUGGGUGGUCCUCUUGGAGAGGUUUUGAAUCUCAGCAAUAACGGUGGAAAUGACCAGUGUGCCAAGAACAAUAACAAUGCUCUCAACCUUAUGAGUAAUGGGUGGGACAAUAGUCCCUCGUUAGGGUCUUCUCCCACUGGGAUAUUGCAAAAGACAGCGUUUGGAUCUUUGUCAAAUAGCAGUGCUGGGAGCAGUCCAAGGGCAGAGAAUAAAACACAAGAAGGAGCAAGUUUGUGCAAUGACCUCCUCGGUUCAACUCUAGGGAACCCUUCCUCUUUGCCUAAGUUGUAACAACUCUUUGAUGAAGCCAUGAAGGAGUUGAAGGGUAAAGGGAAACAACUCUUUUAUGUUCUGUUCUGACUUUAUUUAUUAUUAGUUAGUUUAUAUUGCUGCUCCCUAAUAUGGUAAUGUUAGAAUUUGGGGAGGUGGGGUGGAUGUUCUAAUAUCAGCCUCAUAAUUUGGUUGUGUACGUUUUUCUUCCUUUUUUUUUUAAUAUUUAUUUUGUUCUUGACUUUGUGUUCA